CCCAGUGCACGACUUGCAGGCCAGCUGCUGCAGCCAUGGCGAGCGUCACGGCGGCGCUGCAGCCGCUGCUGCUGCUGGCGACUGCGCGCGCCAGCUCCGGCCUGUGGGGCAGCCGCACGUCGCAGCCCGCCUGCGUCGACAUCCCGCGCAACGUGUCGCUGUGCCACGGCGUGGGCUACCGCCGCAUGCGCCUGCCCAACCUGCUGGAGCACGACUCGCUGCAGGAGGUGGCGCAGCAGGCCGCCUCGUGGACGCCGCUGCUCAACGUGGACUGCCACCCGGACACGCGGCUCUUCCUCUGCUCGCUCUUCAGCCCCGUGUGUCUGGACCGCGCCAUCUACCCCUGCCGCAGCCUGUGCGACCAGGUGCGGCGCGGCUGCGAGGGCAUCAUGCAGAAGUUCGGCUACCCCUGGCCGGACAUGUUCCGCUGCGACCACUUCCCCGUCGACAACGACAUGUGCAUCGGACCGCAGGCCAAGCGACCGGACAAUGAGUGUCAGGUUUGCAGCCCAAUUGAGACAUACGAAAAUAUCCUCUACAAUUUCUGCAGUGCAGAUUUUGUUCUUAGAACAAAGUUUCAUCGUAUACGUAAAGCAUCACUCCUUUGUAAAAAGGCAAAAGUUUUGAAAGGAUAUUCUAACUUCAGUCAAGAACUAAGGUCACGUGCUAUUUCCCUCCAGCCUUCUGACAUUUGUUGUGAGAAGAAGUCAUUAAAUACCAAGAAUGUAUAUUUGGUUAUGGGAAUAGCCACAAAAAACAAACUUAGUCCCAUAUUCAUCAUGCCUUGGUCUAAAAAAGUGAAGGAUAGAAGAGGAGGCCAAAAAAGACCACAUACUUCCUUGGGUGAUCCACUGGUUUCCUUGAAAGUUUACAUCAGCACAAAGACUACCAUUGUAAAGUGUUCUUGACUCACCACCUAAAAACAGAGAACCCAGUUGACAGUAUGUUUACAUAGAUUAUGCUCCUUUUGCACAGUGUGUUUCUUAUAAGAAGCUUGACGUGUCUCGGAGAUUAACCAUCUCGCCUCUUGUGAAUCAUCUGCCAUUUUCAAGUUUUUCCACCACAUGCAUUUCCUCAUGAGCUCACCAGGUUGAAGACAUUAUAAGAUCUGAUUGAUUAUGGAAUUAAAAAAUAAUUUUUCAUGUCAGAAUCCAGUAUGUACUUGCAUAUGCUGCAAAACAGCAAAUAAAAUUUUUUAACAUUUGUACUUGGGAGUUUUUGACAGUUACCUUUAAAUUAAUUUUUUGUGUUUGCAAUUUUGACUGGCUGAACUGCAUUUUGUACUUAGGCAUGCCUUUAAAUUUAUUACUAGUUUAAACUUUUAAUAAAAAUUUGAUUUUCCCAACAUUUUUUUUUUUAGUUCAGACAAAAUAUAUGUAGUAAUAAACAAUAAUUUAACACGUAAUAAAGAACAAUAAACUAUAUAUUAUCAGUCCAUCAAUUUUAAGUUAUCAGAAAGAGUCUAAGAAUAUGAGAGUUUUUCAUAAAUAAAAAAUUUUAAGUAAAAAAAUGGUGAGGAAACAAAGGAACUUAAGUAUAUAUAAAAGUGUUCGCUAGGAAACAAUUCAUAAUGAGAGCAAUUUUAUAAAUCCGCCUUUAAAACUUUAAACUCAGGAGGUGUGUUAAAAUUAAAAGCAAGUUUUAUUUUCAUCGCAAACAUGCAUUACACAUACAUAAUUACUGAACUCCACUUCAAAAAAUUAUUUUUCUUGAAUUUGGAUAGUAGAUGUAGAUUUUAGAUUUGGCACAUAUAAGCUUUAUCGGAGUUAAUUUGUCAUGCAAUGACUUCCACUGGGUGAGCUCCAAGGUAAGACACUGUGUGGCAAAAAAGUAUGAGAAUUAUCAAAUGUUAACGACAGGUAAGUUCAACAUUUUUCAGGAUUUUAUUUCAUCCAAUAAAAAAAACACAUUGAGAGAAAGAAAAUACAUCAACUCUACGAGUUCUCUAGUGGAUAACGUAUGGCUAGUAGCAACUCUACAGUGGAUUGUAGUUUUAAGUGGCCUCCGUUGCCACUGUUUGUUGUACGGAAAGCUUUAUAGAUGAUGCCUGUCACAGUAAAAAUAUGGUUACCAGAA